CUCCGGACUCUUCGCCUCAUCCGCCCCUCGACAUAGAGCCGCGCGAUUUGCAAGUCCAAACCUCCGGUUCGGUAGCUCCAGACAAAAUUGGACAUAGUAUCCGGAAUUUUUGAUUAUUUUUACAUUAACAGGUAACCAUCGAAACGCGUUUCAUGGCGUUUAUUCGUUUUGGAUGAAAUUGGACACCGCUAAUGUUUCUGGAUGCGUCCAUGUCCUCCUGUGGGCCGAGCCGCGGAGGGAUACAUCUGUGGAAGCGACAAUGUGGAGGCUGCUAAAAUGUCCACUUGGAAAAUGAAGUCGCUACAAUUUCUGUAAUAUUAAAAGAAACAGAGUCAUUGCUGAGUUAUGGUUCGUGUCAGAGACGGAUUUUCGGUUUCGUGACGAAGACAGCAGCGAGGCGCUGGACUGUUUCAAUCUUGGCUUUCCUCAUCUUCCUCAAGCCCACUAUCCGGAGGAGCACGGAGGGGGCAAGGGAUCCAGUCCAUAACUUUGUUUUUUCUCCUCUCCGGCGCUUUAUUUGUCAUUGUUGGAUGCUACAAAGCUGAGCCAAGUGGCUUGCUGAGACCGAAAAGGCAAGCGAACGGCAACAGAGGAUGACGACAGUGGGGACAGACAAGGAGCUCAGCGACUUGCUGGAUUUUAGCGCAAUGUUUGAACUUCCGCUUUCUAAUGGCAAGAGUAGGCCAACAGUCAGACUAGCCAGCAGCCAGUUUGGAAGUUCAGGCGUUGAUGAGAGGAAUGGAUCAGGUCCCUGGGGGUCCGGAGAGCAGAACAGCCCAUCUUUCAGCCAGGGGAGGUGUUUUGCCGAAGAUGGCGUUUACAGUGAGCAAGCUGGCAUUGCACCUGGCACAGUGUUUGGUCCAGGGAUUGCUGGGAAGGCUGACAGAGGCCCUUACUCGUCAUUUGCAACGCAGCCGGGCUUUUUGCCCAGUGAGAUCGCCAUGCCCAGUCCCGGUGCCCUGUCCCCCUCUGGCUUGAAACCAGCCUCCCAAUUUUAUUCCUCCUACGAGGGCAACAACCCUCGCAGACGACCCGCACAAGACCCCAUCGAAGCUCAGCCAAAAAAGAUCCGGAAAGUGCCCCCUGGCCUGCCCUCUUCGGUUUGUGCCUCGGGCGAGGAUUUUAACAGGGACAAUGCUGGCUACUCUGCUUCGAAAGCAGGAAGCAUCUACACACCACCGUUCUACAUGCAAGAAGGCCUCCACCCGCCUUCCGAUCCAUGGGGUUCUGCUGGGUCGAUGGUUCAACCUGGUUAUCCUUCCAUGCUGGGUAACUCCACCCAUCUGAGCCAGCAUGGUCCCUUUACUGCCAUCAACCCCCAAGACAGACUGAAACGGCAACCGCUUCCCCUCUCGCCCCAAAACUACCCCCUGCAUGGCAGCGAGGUCAACGGCAACCACCCGGCUGGCUUCCACUCUGGCUCAAACAGCUACGGACUUCCCAGUCAGACACCUCCUACUGCCGCCAAUCGGGGAUCAGUACCUGGGAGUUCCGGUGAUGAAAUUGGGAAGGCGCUGGCUUCUAUCUAUCCUUCAGACCCAAACAGUAAUGGCUACUCUUCGUCCCCGUCCACUCCGUCCGGCUCUCCUCAGGCUGUUUCAGGCUCAGCUUCCCAGUGGACAAGGUCAUCUGGACAAGCUACACCUUCGCCUAACUUUCAUGGUGGACUUCAGAGCAUGUCUAAUAAACUGGAGGACCGCCUGGACGAAGCCAUUCAUGUUCUUCAGCGACACGCCAGUGGACAAGGGGGACCAGGACUGGCUGAGAUGCAGAAUCUGCUGACCUCCGGUUUGGGAUUAUCUUCAGCUUUUAGUAACGUAGCACUCGGCUUGUCCAGUCGCCUGCCUGGAAUGGUCUCCAACCACCACGAAGACUCUGCUGGCCUGCCCUCUAGUGGAGGACUUGGGCACCACAGUUCCCCAUCAGCUCUCCAAGGCUCUCAGCCUGAAGGUUUCAACAGUGGGUCUUUCUCUCUUUUCUCCUGCUUGUCACAGAGAUUCAGCGAGUCACAUUUUUGUCCCGUUUUGUUUGCAGGUCUAGUGAGCAGCCUGAAUCGCUCCAGUGACGUCAAACGAGAGUCCAAGGAUGAGGAUGAAAACUGCUCUGUGACUGACAAGUCAGAGGAUGAGAACAAAGAGCUGCAAGCUCUACAAACAAGUCUGAUGGAUGAGGAUGACGAAGAUCUACCAGUGGAGAUUAAAGCUGGGCGGGAGAAAGUGCGGAGGAUGGCAAACAAUGCCCGCGAGCGGCUCCGCGUGCGGGACAUCAAUGAGGCCUUUAAGGAGCUGGGCCGCAUGUGUCAGCUCCAUCUGAACUAUGAGAAACCGCAGACUAAAUUGAACGUGCUCCAGCAGGCCGUUAACGUUAUACUCAACCUGGAGCAGCAAGUCCGAGAGCGUAAUCUCAACCCAAAGGCCGCCUGCCUCAAGAGAAGAGAGGAGGAGAAAGUGUCGGGCGUGGACCCCCAGAUGCAGAUGGGAGGAGGGCUCGGCGGUGAUGGACACAAUCCAAUAAGCCAUAUGUAAUUCCGAGCUCCUGUUGACUAACAGAUGUUUGAAGACGUGGCCUUAAUGCACUUCCAUGUGGUUUUGGGAAGGCACACGGGGGGCCUCAUCGCUGUCAAAAGGGGGGGAGGGGGGGCAGUAACAAACAAACAUAACAAGCACACUUGUAUAGAACAAGAAAGAGAGACAACCGUGUAUUCAUACUAUUUACAUGAUUUGACUCAAGGACACUGAGGUGGGGACAUUCUUAUGAUCAUGUUUUUGUAAGACAUUCUGAAAAAAAAGAACGCUUUACACGUUGGGAACAAACCUGUUUGGAUCAAAUAGUCCUCAAUUCCUUCUGUGAGCAAAGCCACAAUUUGUAUUAUUAUGUUGUAACACGUGGCAUUCCCAAAUAUAACAGAAGGUCUUAGAUAGAUUGACUGAAAAGUCAGAGGGGACAUGACUUGGUUCUUGUCUUUUUUUUUUUUUUUUUAAACAUUUCUUACUCCAUCUGGUGUACAUGCAGCAUGUGUGGUGUUCCUCCCUGGAAAGCGCAAAGUUGAACUGACCGACUGCCCGAGGUAGCAGCACCACUGAGGAAAGACUCAUCUCCAGAUACAGUCAACCAGUUUCUAUGAGGGGCUUCCAGACUAAUAGACCUUCCAGAUAUCAGUUUGCCCCACACGAGUUGCCACUUAGACCAGGUGUUAGCAGCCAUCCUGCACGGCCUAGUCACAAGAGGACUUUUUUUUUUUUUUUUUUAUUAAGCAGAGUGACCCUGCAAUAUGUUUUCCAUUUGUUAUUAUUCUCUCUUAAAUAGCCAUCACACCAGAAUGAUUUUUGCAAAUAUUUUUCUUUCUUUUUUUACAUUUGAGCAUAUAGAGCAGAUGACAAAUGGUUACAUAGGGACCAUUUUAUUGCCAGUUGUGGAAGUUUCCGGCUGUCCUCUGUGAUUGGACCAAUCGGGUCACAUGUUAUGGAUGACAAUGACAAGCUCAUCUCGCAAAGGUUGUGUUGGGGAAAAAAAGAGUAUUAAAAGGGAUGGCGAGUUGUAAAGCUACCUUCCUCACUAUUAAUUUACUCAAUUGCCAUUUAUUGACUUGGUUUCUUUAUCAUGGGAAACACCCCUCCCAUUUUGAUCACCUGCAAAGCCUCUUUGUAAUGAGCUUCCUUUUGUAGAAUUGUUCGUUUUUUUCGUUUCAUUGUAAGAUAGUUAAAAUUUAGUGUGUGUGUGUGUGUGUGGUUUUUUUUAAUGCUCUUUGUUUACAUUGUUUAAAUUGGAGACUUUUUUUUUUUUAGAUUGCGGGAACAAAGUGAGGUGUUUUUGUGUUGUGCCAGAUGCUUGGAAAUGUUAGAAAUGACAAAUUCUGGCUAUAUUGUCACAUGUUGUGAUAAUUAUUAUAUAUACAUAUUUUUUUGUUAUUUCUGUGCAAACCUGACUUUUUAUUUGGAUUCCUUUGUUUAUGCCAGUUCAGUUUAAAGUGGAGCAAUAUGUUGUCAGUCUCUACUUGUGUAGAUUAUUAAUAUGAUUCAUUUGAGUUGGAGCCACAAUCAAUUUACAACGUUAUUUAGCUUCAUUAUACAGGUGAUAGAAUUCAUCAAAACAAAUGCAUAAAAGGGUGGCCUUAGUCAUUUUUUUGACUUUGGGAGUGUGGAUGAAAGUUACUAACCAGUGCCUGAAUACUUCUGUUACAUGCAUAGAUGAUGGUGAAAUGUUGCAUUCAAGAUCAUCAACAAGAAUUUAUUGAUGCGACAGCUUUGACACUGAAUCCUACUUAGACCUUUUAUUUGUGGAUUGACUAUAUUUUGAAUAUGAGCUUGUCCUUGACUGCCAUGUAAAUGUAUGUACAGCUGUAUGAUGUAUCAGCUGGAAAACUAUUUGGAUUACCUUUGUGUCAUUUGAAGAUUAUGCCCUAUGCCUAUGGAAUAACCCGUGAGUUUAUUUUCAUCUAAAAAGAAUUGUUCUAGUAAUGCAAAAAAAAAAAAAAAAGGACUUGUGUUUAUGUAAAGGAAUUUUCUACAGUGUGCAGGUAUGAAAACACAAUAUUCUUAAUUAGAAGACUUGUCAACCGCAACAAAUGACUUGCCACAGCUCUUUCUGUCUUCAUAAAUAUUUGAGGGCAAUAUCUAUGUAGGCUUUGUCCUCAAAGUGCCUCCAGUUUCCUAUUUUUAUAUAUAAAGUAGAUAUUGAGAACUGUUGUGUAUAUAACAGUAAUGUAGUAAUAAAUGUGCCAUUUUUAAUAUCAGA